UGUCCCACGGGUAGAGGAGGGGACCAAAGGGACAACGUUUUAUAUUUAGACAACCGGAGAGACGGCGAUAAUAUUUCAUACUGUGGACAGAGCGGUCCUGAUUGUAUCCUGCAGUAUAAACACGCUCCCCCAUGGUAGAUUUCAAACUGGACUAAAAAGCCAAAGGAGUAGCCCAUAAUUUAACUUCUGGAUGCAUUUUUCGUCUCUCCCCCUCUCUCCACAUUUCCUCCUCUCUCUCCUUCGCGGAUCUAGUCGGAUCCAGUCUGGGUGAAGCGGACUUCUUGGUGCGAGAUAAUCGGCAGAUGAUGUGAGUUAAUAAGGCGAGAUGCGGGGUUGACAAACUCAGACGCGCUCCUCUCCAGCGACUACAGGUGCGCAACAAGUGAGCGUGAGGAGAACGAGACUGGGGGAGACAGACAGAAUAAAGGAAGUAACGGGAGGGAGAGGCGGAAAGUAAACGGAGAAGGAAGGAGAUAAAGCAGAACCACUUCUGGUUCUCGCUAUGGAUACGGUGCAGAGCGCACAGGUCACCGACAUGGGAGGAGAGCACUCCGCCGGGGUGUGCUUGGUGGAGCGGGAGCGGGGAGAGGUGUCCAGCCCAUGUCCACCGGCCAAGCAACGCUCCCUGCGGGUGGUGUACGUCCUGAACGACGGGCUGAAGUCGGUGAUGGCCAGCAGCCCGGAGUCCGGAGCGCUGCAGUGUCUGCAGAGAGCCUGCGACUCGGAGAGCGCGCUGCUCACAACUGUUACCUUCGGACGGCUGGACUUUGGAGAAACAUCAGUUCUGGACAGUUUCUACGAUGCAGACAUUGCGGUUGUGGACAUGAGUGAUGUGUUUCGGCAGCCCUCCUUGUUUUACCAUCUGGGUGUGAGGGAGAGCUUCGACAUGGCCAACAACGUCAUCCUGUACCACGACACUGACCCGGACACUGCCCAGUCACUGAAGGACAUGGUGGUACAGAAAAACACAGCCACUCGUCCUCCAGCAUUAGGUUUUCCCUGGGUUCAGUUGCCACCAGAGUACAGAGGCUCUGGAUUGCGCAAUAAAGCAUCCAGUGGUAACUACUACUUCAUCCCCUACAUAGUGACUCCUAACCAUGAGUACAUGUGCUGUGAGAGUGACGCCCAGCGCAGGGCCAGUGAGUACAUGCAGCCCAGCUGGGACAACUUGCUGGGGCCGCUCUGCGUUCCAUUGACUGACCGCUUUACCAGCCUGCUGAAGGACAUCCACGUCACAUCCAGUGCUUCUUUUAAGGACACCCUCCUAAAUGACAUUAGGAAGGCCAGAGAGAAGUACCAGGGAGAGGAGCUGGCCAAGGAGCUUUCCCGCAUCAAACUCCGAAUCGACAACACGGAAGUCCUCACUCAGGACAUCGUCAUGAACCUACUGUUUUCUUACAGAGACAUACAGGACUACGAUGCCAUGGUGAAGCUGGUAGAGACUCUGGAGAUGCUGCCGACUUGUGAUCUGGCCACACAGCCCAUGAUCCAGUUCCACUACGCCUUCGCCCUCAACAGGAGGAACAGUCCUGGUGACAGGGAGCAGGCUCUCAGAGUGAUGCUGCAAGUAUUGCAGUCGUGCGAACAUCCAGCACCGGACAUGUUCUGCCUCUGUGGACGGAUAUACAAAGACAUCUUCCUUGACUCAGACUGCAAAGAUACCAAAAAUAGGGUCAAUGCUAUACAGUGGUACAGAAAGGGUUUUGAGCUGCAGCCAACUCUCUACUCUGGUAUCAACCUGGCUGUCCUACUCAUAGUUUCUGGCCAACAGUUUGAGAGCUCCAUUGAACUGAGAAAAAUAGGUGUGAGGUUGAACAGUCUGCUGGGGCGCAAAGGUUCCCUGGAGAAAAUGAACAACUACUGGGACGUAGGCCAGUUCUUCACCGUUAGCAUGCUAGCUAACGACAUCCCUAAAGCUACUCAGGCUGCUGAGAAGCUCUUCAAACUCAAGCCGCCUCUCUGGUAUUUGCGGUCGGUGGUGCAAAACCUGCAGCUGAUCCAGAGGUUUAAGAAGCAGACGGUGGAACAUUCUCCCCAGCGGGAGAGGCUCAACUUCUGGAUGGACAUCAUCGUCGAGGCCACGCAGGGCACCACCAAUCGACUGCGGUUUCCAGUGUUGAUUCUGGAGCCAACUAAGGUUUACCAGCCAUCCUAUGUGUCCAUUAACAACGAGGCUGAAGAGAAGAACGUCUCUAUUUGGCAUGUUUCUCCUCCUGAAAUGAAAGGGAUCCAUGAGUGGAACUUCACUGCAAUGUCCAUCAAAGGCAUUAGCAUCAGCAAGUUUGAUGAGCGGUGCUGCUUCCUCUACGUCCAUGAUAACUCAGACGACUUCCAGAUCUACUUCUCCACUGAGGAGCAGUGCGGUCGGUUCUGUUCCAUGGUGAAAGAGAUGAUAUCUGACGGUACGGGGAACGCUGUGGAGCUGGAGGGGGAAGGAGACGGAGAUACACUGGAGUAUGAGUAUGACACCAAUGAGACAGGUGACAGGGUGGUGUUGGGGCGGGGCACCUAUGGAGUGGUGUACGCCGGGAGAGAUGUCAGCAACCAGGUCCGAAUUGCCAUCAAAGAGAUCCCUGAGAGAGACAGCAGGUACUCCCAGCCCCUUCAUGAAGAGAUUGCCCUUCACAAGUACCUGAAGCACAGGAACAUUGUUCAGUACUUGGGCUCGGUUUCCGAGAACGGAUACAUCAAGAUCUUCAUGGAACAAGUGCCUGGAGGAAGCCUGUCUGUGCUGCUGCGGUCUAAAUGGGGUCCGCUGAAGGAGGCGACUAUAAUCUUCUACACCAGACAGAUCCUGGAGGGGCUCCGAUACCUGCACGAGAACCAGAUCGUCCACCGAGAUAUCAAGGGUGAUAAUGUGUUGGUGAACACCUACAGUGGUGUCUUGAAGAUCUCAGACUUUGGUACCUCGAAGAGGUUGGCAGGAGUCAACCCCUGCACCGAGACAUUCACCGGUACUCUGCAGUACAUGGCUCCGGAAAUCAUUGAUAAGGGCCCUCGAGGGUAUGGGGCCCCGGCUGACAUCUGGUCCCUGGGAUGCACCAUUAUAGAAAUGGCCACUGGAAAACCUCCCUUUCAUGAACUGGGAGAACCACAGGCGGCCAUGUUUAAGGUGGGCAUGUUUAAGAUCCACCCAGAGAUCCCUGAGUCCUUGUCUUUGGAGGCAAAGUCGUUCAUCUUGCGCUGCUUUGAGCCGGACCCUCACAAGAGAGCCAUCACCUCGGACCUCCUCAAAGACACUUUUGUCAAACACAACGCCAAGGGCAAGAAGAGCAAGAUCGCCUUCAAACCAUCAGACUACAUACACAGCGUUUCGCUGCCGGUGCAGUUGCAGUUCGAGGCCACCGGGAGCAGCAGCAGUGAACACGGCUCCGUGAGCCCAGACUGCGACUCCAAACACGAUGUUUUCUUCCAGAAGAAGAAAAGCUCUGGCUCCGAGAACCUGCUCAAACCCACCAACUCCAACUAUUUGAGUGUUCCAGAUGAGGGUUCAGUGUCGGAGGACCGCAGUGUCCCCCCAUCCCCUGAGGACAGGGAUGGCGGUCUGUUCCUGCUGAAGAAGGACAGCGAGAGACGGGCCAUUCUGUUCAAGGUCCUCAAUGACGACCAGGCAAAAGUAAUCUCCAACCUCAAGGAGAAUUACAUCCAGGGCAGUGAAGAGCUCCAGCUGUCCGUCGAACACAUCAAGCAGAUCAUCUGCAUCCUUCGAGACUUCAUCCAUUCCCCAGAGCGGCGUAUCAUGGCGGCCACAAUCUCCAAGCUCAAGCUAGACCUGGACUUCGACUCCACCUCCAUUAACCAGAUACAGCUGGUACUCUUUGGAUUCCAGGACUCGGUGAACAAAGUCCUGAGGAACCAUCACAUUAAACCCCACUGGAUGUUUGCUAUGGAUAACAUCAUCCGCCGAGCUGUGCAGGCUGCAAUCACCAUCCUCAUACCAGAGCUGCAGACCCACUUCGGCCCGGCGUCAGAGUGUGAGGGAGCAGAGAAGGAAGACGAAGUGGAUGAAGAGGAAGUAGAGUUUGGUCCUGUUUUAGCUCCUCAAGCUGAUGACCCUGCGCCGACCGCUGACCCCACCCACUCUGCGGCCAGCACGCUAAACUCCACCCACUCCAAGGAGCAUCAGCGUUCGCAUCAUCCACUGGGUGCACAGCUGGGGCGGCUCAAACAGGAGACCAACCGACUGCUGGAGGAGCUGCUGCAAAAGGAGAAAGAGUACCAGCAGGUCCUGAAGGCCACACUGCAGCAGAGAGCACACGACCUGGAGCUGGUCAGACUCAGACACAGACAACCAGACAUUUCACCUCCCUCCAUCUUUCACAUCCCAGCAGAUCACGAGCCGGACAAGAAGCUCACUGAUUGGCUGAAAGAGCAGGGGGCAGACACUGACACCAUAGAUAAGUUCGUGCUGGAGGAAUACACGCUGACCGACAUUCUCAAUGACAUCACCAAAGAUGACCUCCAGUGUCUACGUCUACGGGGCGGAGUAAUCUGCCGCAUCUGGCGGGCCAUCCAGCGGCACCGAGAGCGAGAGAGGCUGAGGGGUGACGAAUGCUCGAAAGAGGAUGCAUGAUGGGAUUCAUGGACUACAACUCUGGAGGACUCUGUUUGCCAGAAAACACGCACACAUCUGCACACUGCCAGCCUUGUAUGGCGCUUCUUUCUGUCUCUCUCCACGGUGCCUUUUCAUGUUGUAAUCUGUGUGUCACAGUACUGAAUCUUUGUUUGACUGUACAUCUUCACAGUGUCAGACUUGACCAGACCAAAUGUGUAAUUAAAUGUGUAUUUGUGCCACAAUGUGUUGAGCUUGAAAAUCUUCAGAGAAAAAUGCAUCCCAGCAAACCAGCGGUCAAUUUGUGUGGACGGAAUGGGCUGCACUUUUUUUUUUUUCUUUUUUUUUUUUGAUCGACCCGUAACAAGAAGAGAGAUCACAUCAUUGGCCCACUUGUGUGUCCUUCAUAUGAAAAUUGGCCAUUCACAUCCUUGGUCUUUGACUGACCGGCCCACGGAGAGGAGAGAGAUCACAUGAUUGGCCCACUGGUUUGUCUCUCAUCUGAACACUGGCCAAUCACAUCCCCCUAUGGCCCACUUCCAUCCUACCAUAGGGUGGGAGCACAUUUAAGUCCCGCCCCCACCGGCGGCGAAAAUAACUCCACAAAGUGCCGGUUGACGAUAGCUAGCUAGAAACACAAGAUUUAAGCAUGUCAAACGAUUAUUUUAGCACCCUUUGUCUACCAGAGAGGACAAGUUAGCUAUUAGUAAGCUUAUGUUAGUUAUGUGUAUGAAAGCCAAGGCACUUGCAAAUAUAAUACUAUAGCUUUCUGAUUUAUCCACAUUCCACAAUAACACAAGUUGCUAAACGUUAGCUAGCUACUGUGUACAAAAUCCAGCUUUAGCUUAAUUUACAGACUUGUCACUUGUUUACUAUACGAGGUAUCUUGAUGACACCCAUGCUCUACCCUCAAACUUUAGCCAUCUUGCCAUCAGGAGCCAGGCAGCCUUUCUGACUCAGUGAGUACACUAUCAUACUCUCUUAUUUACCACUCAGCUAAGUGAGAGUAUUAGGGGCUGGUAUGCAGGGUUCAAAAUUCACUUUUUGUCCACCAGCCAAAUGGCUAGUGAAUGUUAAAAUUUUACUUUUUUUUUUUUUUUGGUGGGUGAGUCAAGCAAAUCUACCAGCCACUUGGGGUUUAACAUUAGCACCAUUUAACUGCCAAAUCAAAUGCUGGUAAAUGGUGCUAUUGUUGAACCUUGCUUGUAUGUACAUGUGUUGAAGAGGGAGUGCAAGGACUGUUGGUGUCCUGUCAAUUGUGGUGGGCUGGUCUGGGUCUCAAAAGUCCAGGGCUGAUUUCUUUACCCCAGUCCAGCCCUAGUAGGUGGUAUCAAAACUUCCAUAAAAACCUUGCAAACUGCUCCUGAAGCAUAAUCUGUUCAGUGAUGUUCAAUGAAAGACAUUAUUUUGACAAGAUGUGGUUGCAUUGCUUCCGUCUUACCCCUCACACAUGACCCUGUUUAACUUGUAUGUGCAUUGCUUUCCUUGUCUUGUUUGUCCAUCAGUCUGAACUGCUCUAUCCUUCCUCAUACUGAGCAUACAGAUGAACAGCAGAAUGUUGAUUAUGCUGCAGGAGUGGAUUGACAAGUUUCUGUAAACUUUUUGAUAUCAAAUCAUCCAAGCACAGACACUAAUCUCUGUAAAGAAGCAAAGUCUAUCUCCAACUCUCUAUCUGUAAUGUAACAUACUUAUUCAUAUACAUUGUUUGCCAAUUCCAUUCAGCCCACAAAAAAGACUUUUAUUCUAAUCUAUCUGGCAGCCCCUUGUUUUUUAGCCAAAUUUUAAAUUCAUUGUAAAACAAGAAAAAGGCCUUAAACCGUAGUUUCAGGUCGAGUAUUUUCAUAAUUUACAGGAUAAUUAUUCCAAAAAUGUAUAAAACAAUGGAAUACACAAGCUUAUGCACAUACUAUCUAUUUUUCCACCGGUGACAGGAAUCUCUGUUAGAGGUAAAAC